AUGUCUCUAUGUAAACUAUUACAGGUAAACUUUUGCAUAUGCAAAGGAAAAUACUUGGUUAUUGGAGUGAUCAUAAGUAAAGGUAAGCCUGAGUUUGCUGAGACGAUCUCCUACGAAACAAACGCUGGCGCUUUGGAACUUGGAAGUGAAGCACUAAAGCAACGCCAGCUUUUAAGUGAUUAUGACCUUAAAUUCAUAUACAUGCCUGGAAAUUGUUCGGAUAUACUUAGCGCCGGUACCACCGCUGAGCUAGUAAAACAACAGGUUGUCGCAAUUAUCGGGCCGGGAUGCAUUCAAUCAGUGCAGGCUGUAGCUCCUCUUUCUACGUACUACAACAUUCCUACAUUUGCUUGGGGUCUGGCAAGCUCAAGCGACAGCGAGCAGGAACGUUACUCGUCCAUUAUGACAAUGACCACCACAGGGCGACACUAUGCGUUAGCAGUUUAUGAAAUCAUUAUGCAUUACGAAUGGACACAGUUUGCAACCAUUUAUUAUGGAGAAAAAUGUGUUGACUUCUACAAGGAGCUGUCUGCUGUCACGUACGAUAAGGCCGGAGCUUUCAUCGCAAGAAGUGUCGAACUUCGCACAGAGUCGACAGAACUUAUUAGCGUGACGCUCACUCGAACUUCGGUCAUAGCAAGAAUUUUCAUCCUCUGCCUUAGUGACGCGAAUGCUGUUCGCAGGACGAUGAUUGAAGCCCACAAAAAUAACAUGCUUAGUAGUGAAUAUAUAUACAUUAUUGUAGAUUCCGAAAGCGGCGGUUACGCAAAGCGGACCUCUCGUGGAGAUAUACCCAUAUGGCUGGACGAAGAUACAAUGGAUGGAAAAGAUAAUCAAGCCAAAGAGGGUUUCAUGAAAUCAUUCAUUGUAACUAUCCAGAAGCACAACUUGACUACAUUUCGCGAACGAGUUAUAGACAAAAUUAAGCAACCACCCCAAAACUGCACAGAAGAAUGCUCUGAUCCCGCUUAUUGGAUAGCGUCUAACUACUGCGAUCAACUUUAUGACAUCGUGCUUCUAUAUGGUUUGGCUUUAAAUCGAACUCUAACGGAAGAUGCAAAGCAGUUGCGAAAUGGAACGAGAAUUCUGCAGAAUUGUGCGAUGACGUUUGAAGGAGCGGGAAGCAGUGUGACAGUGAAUUCCCACGGGCAGCUGGUUCCAGUUCUAAAACUCGAAGGCAUUAGUGAAAACGGCGAUCUCCGCGAAAUCAUGACUUUGAAAGUGGACCAAGAUGUGACAAAAACGGUAUUGAUAAACGACAAAGAAGUGGUGUGGUCAGCUUACGGUGGCGUACGACCCCUUGCUAUACCACUGUGCGGAUUCCGCGGCGAAGAAUGCUCGUCUUUUUGGCAGAGUUAUGGUAUUCUCACCGUGGUGGUGGCUGGCGUGAUUGUGCUGCUUGCUUUGAUAGUAGCUGUAAUUGGCAUUGUACUUUGGAGACGACACGAGAAGGACCAGGAAGAAAACGCAAGGAAAUGGCUGAUACCCUUCAGCGCUUUGGAAAAGCUUGAUCUGAAGAAGCCAAACUCAGUUUCAACAGUUUCAUUGAAUAGCAGUAAAACAGAGCGUGCAAGUACACCCUAUGACAUACCGGAACACCUUGAGCUCUACCUAUAUCACGGAGAAAACGUCCUUGGAAGGAAGUACGAAACUCAACCAAGUAUCACCAAACGCAUCCGUGCGCAUCUCACAAAGAUGUGGGAGAUUGAUAACGACAACCUCAACAGAUUCAUGGGCAUAUCAACAGAUGGACCGACGUGCCUAGCACUUUGGAAAUAUUGCAUGCGUGGUAGCAUUAAGGAUGUGUUAUCCAAGAAAUCUGCGCACCUGGAUGGAUUUUUCAUAGCCUGCUUGAUCAACGAUAUCGCAAACGGCCUUCACUACAUUCACAGUUCUUUUCUCGAGAAACACGGAUGUUUGACCUCUUCAUGCUGUCUCGUAGAUUCGCGUUGGCAAGUGAAACUUAGCAACUAUGGUCUCGGGUUUAUGAACGGUACUGAUGAACCGCCGUUAAGAUACAAGCUGUAUAUGGCACCUGAGCUGCUGCGAGAGUAUCAACAAGAUGGAACAAAGCAAGGAGACAUCUAUAGUUUUGCAAUCAUAUGUUCAGAACUGAUCGCGGGUACCAGCGCUUGGGAUCUGGAAAAUCGCGAUGAAGAUCCGGAAGAUAUUCUAUACAUGGUGAAGAAAGGAGGAAGAAAGCUCAUGAGACCAGAUCUCAAUCCUGACCCCUCUUUAGAGUUGAAGCCAGAUGUGAUUCAUAUGGUUCGCGAUUGUUGGGAAGAAGAACCAAACAGUAGACCGACUAUAGAAGAAGUCCAUAAAAUGCUGAAGCCAUGCUUCAAGGACAAACAUGCUAAUCUCAUGGAUCACGUCUUCAAGAUCAUGGAAAAGUAUGCUGAUUCCCUUGAAAAUGAGGUUGAAGCUCGAACGAAAGAAUUAGUUGACGAGAAAAAGAAAAGCGAUUUGCUUCUCUGUCGUAUGCUACCAGUGCAAGUAGUGGAAAAACUAAGACUUGGACAACAAAUUGUUCCGGAAUCCUUCGACAGUGUGUCGAUUUUCUUUUCGGACAUCGUAUCCUUCACAGAACUCUCGUCGAAAUGUAGUCCCAUGCAGGUUGUCGACUUUCUCAAUGAGUUCUACACAAUUUUUGACAGUAAAAUCGACGAAAGAGAUGUUUACAAGGUUGAAACCAUUGGCGAUGCGUAUCUUUGUGUUUCCGGAUUGCCCCGUCGUAAUGGAACGGAACAUAUCAAAGAAAUCUGUCUGAUGUCUCUCCAGCUGCUAAGAGAUUUGAAGGAGUUUCGCAUUCCGCACAUGCCAUCCUACAGGGUCAUGAUCCGCAUCGGUGUUCACACAGAUAAGGAGUCUUAA